GCCGGCUCGGAGCAUCCCAGACAGGGCAGGUAGCGUUGGACACGGCUUCCUCGGCCCGAGACAUGGCCAGCUCCGGAGAGGAUGUGUCCACUGACGAGGAGGCGGCCCACGCGGCCGACGUGGCCAGCGGCCCCCACCUGCUGGGCUUCUCGGACGAGAUCCUGCUGCACAUCCUGAGCCACGUCCCCAGCACAGACCUGAUUCUGAACGUGCGGCGCACCUGCCGGAAGCUUGCCACCCUGUGCCUGGACAAGAGCCUUGUGCACACGGUGCUGCUGCAGAAGGACUACCAGGCGAGCCAGGACAAGGUGAAGCAGUUGGUGAAGGAGAUUGGCCGGGAGAUCCAGCAGCUGAACAUGGCUGGCUGCUACUGGCUGUCGGGUGCCACCAUCGAGCAUGUGGCACGAUGCCACAGCCUGGUCAAGGUCAACCUCUCGGGCUGCCACCUGACCUCCCUGCGCCUCUCCAAGAUGCUCUCGGCUCUGCCGCACCUGCGCUCGCUGGCCAUCGACGUGAGCCCUGGUUUCGACGCUGGCCAGCUGAGCAGCGAGUGCAAGGCGACGCUGAGCCGCGUGCGGGAGCUCAAGCAGACGCUGUUCACGCCCUCCUAUGGCGUGGUGCCCUGCUGCACCAGCCUUGAGCGGCUGCUGCUCUACUUUGAGAUCUUGGACCGCACUCGAGAGGGUGCCAUCCUCUCGGGGCAGCUCAUGGUGGGCCAGAGCAACGUGCCCCACUACCAGAACCUGCGUGUCUUCUACGCCCGCCUGGCACCCGGCUAUGUCAACCAGGAGGUGGUGCGGCUCUACCUGGCCGUGCUCAGUGACCGCACGCCGGAGAACCUGCACGCCUUCCUCAUCUCCGUCCCGGGCAGCUUCGCCGAGAGCGGGGCCACCAAGAACCUGCUGGACUCCAUGGCCCGCAACGUGACGCUGGACGCCCUGCAGCUGCCCAAGUCCUGGCUCAACGGCUCCUCGCUGCUGCAAAGCCUGCGCUUCCGCAACCCGCUCUACUUCAGCUUCAGCCGCUGCGCCCUGUCCGGCGGCCACCUCCUGCAGCGGGUCAUCCACAGCGGCCGUGACCUCCGCAGCCUGGCCAGCCUCAACCUCAGCGGCUGCGUGCACUGCCUGUCGCCGGACUCACUGCUGCGCAAGGCCGAGGAUGACAUUGACAGUGGCAUCCUGGAGACGCUGGUGGCCUGCUGCUGCAACCUGCGCCACCUCAACCUGUCUGCCGCCCACCAUCACAGCUCCGAGGGCCUGGGCCGGCACCUCUGCCAGCUGCUGGCCCGGCUCUGCCACCUGCGCUCCCUCGCCCUGCCCGUCUGCUCCGUGGCCGACCCGGCGCCAGGGGCUGACCGUGCGCCCGCCCCGCCUGCCACGCAUGCCGUGCCCCGUGGUUUCGGCAAAAAGGUGCGCAUCGGCGUGCAGACCUGCGCCAGCCCCACAGCGCCCCAGCCCUCCUCCGUGUUCUGGUCGCUGCUGAAGGCCCUGCCCUUCCUGGAGCGCCUCGAGCUCAUUGGCUCCAACUUUUCCUCUGCCAUGCCACGCAACGAGCCUGCCAUCCGCAACUCGCUGCCACCCUGCAGCCGUGCGCAGAGCGUCGGGGACUCCGAGGUGGCUGCCAUCGGCCAGCUGGUCUUCUUGCGGCACCUGACACUGGCCCAGCUGCCCAGCAUCCUGACGGGCUCCGGGCUGCUCAGCAUCGGCCUGCAGUGCCAGCAGCUGCAGUCUCUGUCGCUGGCCAACCUGGGCGUGCUGGGCAGGGUGGUGUACAUGCCUGCCCUCUCGGACAUGUUGAAGCACUGCAAGCGGCUCAGGGACCUCAGGCUGGAGCAGCCGCACUUCAGCGGCAACACGCAGUUUUUCCAGGCGCUGAGCCAGUGCCCAUCCCUGCAGCGCUUCUGCCUGGUAUCCCGCAGUGGCACGCUGCAGUCCGACGCUGUGCUGGCCUUCAUGGCACGCUGUCGGCAUGUUGUUGUGUGUCACCUGUUCACCGGCGAGUCCCUCGCCACCUGCAAGAGCCUGCAGCAGUCUCUCCUCCGCAGCUUCCAGGCCGAGCGGCCCGCCCUGAACGUCGUCAUCUUCCCGUUGCUGCACGAGGGCCUGACGGACGUCAUUCGGGACGUGCCCAUGGUGCACCUGGACGAGAUUACCCUGUUUAAAAGCAGAGUGGCCGAGGAGCCACCCAACCUGUGGUGGUGAGCGAGGCUGUCGCCGUGAGGACACUGCUGGUGCCAUCCAG